CAAAAUCCCAAUUGCAAAUGUCAUCUUUGAUGCAGAAAAACCAAAUGAAAUGUCUCGUUUUUUUUAACCCGCUUCUCAAUUGUUGCUAAAAAUAUAGAUAUUUAAUUUAAGUCCUGCGUCUCAUCUAUAAAAACUCGCCUCGUCAUACCCAUCAUGUCUGUCACUUCCUGUAACACGUCUUCAUACAUUAGCGCAGUGUACUUGUGCAUGUGUGUUUUGUUGUCAUUUUGUGUGCAAAUUGACUUCUAACCUCUCUGUGUGGCAUGUUUCUUUGUUUGUGUGUGUGUGUGUUAUCUUCUGUGUCUGUCUCACUGUCCUGCAUAUAUGUAUGUAUGUGUGUGUAUAUGUGCGUGUGUGGGUGUGUUUAGUCCCAUCUCACCCUUUCUUUCCAUCAGGACUCUCUUCUGAACAAAGCUCCUAGCAAGCCGUUCCCCGAGGAGCCCACAGACUGUGACUCUGCGCUCUCCAUGCUGUUCACUGAAGAGUGUGAUAAAGUGCGGGACCUGAUGCAUGUUCACUCGUUCAGCUAUGAUUUCCACCUGCGGGUGGUGCACCAGUAUCUGCUUGGGUGUCACAUGACCCUCCGUCAGGGAUAUCAGCUGACCGGCUUCCUGGAGGAUUUUAUCGCUCAUCACCCAGACAUACCCAAGUUCGGACGCAACCACGUUUUCCAGGGGAGUUUCUCGAUAUCGACAGGGAUGAUCACGGCUCAUCAGCUGUACAACUAUAUCACUGAUCACGCUGGGACUUACGGCAUGAAGCCGCUACGCAUGUCCAAGGCUGCAGUGUCCUCUGAGAACAGGAAGGGGGCGCCAAGUGCAGAUCUGCAUGAGUAUGCGCUCGUUGCUCUCUGGAACAGCUCUGGCUCGUUUAAAGAUCUGGAGGGUUUACGUCAUCAUGAUGAUUUUGACGUGUCUCUGCUGGUGUGUCAUAAUGCAGCUCCAUUUGAGGAGCAGACUGAAGGAGAGAGACACCUGCUCAGGUUGCGCUUUUACGUGAUCAUGACAAGUCAGCGCGAGCUCUUCCCUCGUCUGACCGCAGACAUGCGCAGAUUCAAGAAGCUCCCUCCGAUCCACCGUGAGGCCGGAGAGUCCAGUGGCCGCACGCCAGCGGAGCGCUCUGAGACGCCGGAGCCUGAGCUGGAGCUGUGGGAGGACACCAGUGACUCUGAGCCCACAGAUGCAGAUGCAGACGCAGACGCACACUUCUACCUGUGUCCGCUGUUCCCUCUGCUCAGCUCUGAGGUGUCGUCUGCGCGCCGGCAGAUCCAGGGCAGCGUGGAGCAGGCCAUGGCUCACUGCCGCCGGGAUAACCUUUGGAGGAGACUCUUCCACGGGGAACACCUUGCUCUGGACAAGCUCAAACUCAGCAAACUGACCUUCGCGGAGCUGGAGGAGCUGCUGGACGCCGUGCAGAGCCGCUCAGUGGGAGAGAUCGACCCACAACUGGACUGCUUUCUGAACAUGAGUCCCGCCUGGUAUCAGAGUCUCAUCAAAGUUCUGCUCUCGCGUUUCCCACAAAACUGCAGGCAUUUUAAAGAUGACAGCGGCGUACAGUAUCUGGCCGUCCUCAACCAGAAGUUCACAGACUGUUUUGUGCUCGUCUUCCUGGACACACAAGCUGGAAAAACUAGUCUGAAGGUGGUUUUCCGGGAGCCGUUGCCAGCGCAGACGCAGUCGAGCAGCAGUCCUCCACCGCAACUGGUCUCCAUGUACCAUCAUCUAGAGUCGGUCAUCAACACGGCCUGCUAUAACCUGUGGACGGGCCUGCUGUGACACUGCAAACAGUGCUUUUCCGACUUACAGUAUUUAUCUUCUAUCUAAAAGCUCUUAAAUCAAGGAGCAUUUUCUGAAUUAGUCGAGAGAAUGAAAACACACAGCUUUUCUUACUUCGAUUUGUCUGGUGUCUAGUCCAAAUAUAUGAAUACUCUUAAAUCAAGAAGCUUUUUCUGGACAAGCAAAACACUUCAGAUUUGAAUAUUAUUGAGGAGUUCAAUUAAUGAUUGAUUUAAAAACACCAACAAAACCACCAGUACACUGCAAAAAAUGCUUUUCUUACUUAGAUUUUUCGACUGGUUUC